AUGGACAAGAAAGAUGCCUCGGCGCCAGGCAAAGGCUGCAGCACUUGCACCAAGCGGCGCAUACGUUGUGACGGUAGCCGCCCAACCUGCUUAAAGUGCGAGAAAAAAGGUCUUGCAUGUCCCGGCUACGGCCCGCGACUGCGAUGGGCCGAUGGGGUGGCAGUUCGAGGAAAACUUAAAGGCCGCCGGGUCCCGGUAGCUCAGCAAACGCCGGCGAAACAGGACCGCACCAGAUCAACUGCCGAACAUCCAGAUCAAAUGCAGUUGAUACCUAUCCCGGCACCUGAUAUGCUUCAUAUGACGCUAGCCAGUUCAAUGCCCCAAUUAAUCGAGUACUAUGACAAGAACUUGGCAGGCCUGAUGGUCUGGGUCGACUCUGCAGAAAACGACUACCGGCGGAUAGUGCUGCCUAGAGCGAUGAACACCCCUGGCCUCAGGCUUGCUGUGGCCGCAUUUGCCUCGCAUCACGGGUCAUCUCGCUUCCAGCAUGCAAUGGAAGUGUUCCCUGAAGCGGCUCGCGAUGCCUGCCUCGGCAUGAUACAUACCCGGGUGCAGGACAUGACGAGCAGGCUGACAGAAGGAGCUGAACUUGACAGUCAAACAGACAUUGUGGACGCAGAAUGGAUGCUGGCAUGCAUUCUCAUGAUAGCCUGCUACGAAAUGUCCAACUCCCAGUCGUCCGCAGCCGAAGGACAUAGGCUAGCCGCAAGGACCCUGGUCAACGUGUUUGGGAGCAAAACGGGCUUAAACAACGGGCUCUUUGCGUUUCUUCGGAAUCAGCUUGCUAUUUACGAUGUUCUGGUAUCAACCACUUCCUUCAAUAUUGAGGACAUCAGAUACACUGUGAUGCCCACGCCUGGUUCCAAGAACGUUUUAUUCGCCGACUAUCUUACCUAUCUACACCGAGUAACACUCGCCUCACGAUAUCCGUUGCCAUUACCAGAAGAAAUACACGCCCUUCUUACCGAUGCUGACUUUGCACCUGAUUCAAUCCGGUCAAAAUUCACGCAAGCUCGGGGCGCCACUCUGCUUGCAGCCGGACGACUGGGCAUCGAGAAAGCGGCAAUGCGCCAAGAUUUUACUCGCCUGGUGGAUGUCUACCAUUAUGCUGCUGUUUUGUAUUCCUAUCGCUGCCUCGGCUACACUACCGCCGACAACCCGGACUGGCAAGCAACAGUGACCAAGCUAUUCGAGCAGCUUGUUUGCUUCCAGCAGCCCAGUAUCUGUAUACAAAACCUCCCAUGGCCUGUUUUUGUUGCCGGAACGGAAUGUUGGGGCAAUGUGCAACGCCAACAAACAGUGCGCGAACUCCUUGGGAACAUUCUUGCAGCCACUAGUUUCCGUCAUUACGAAGGUGUACUGAGCUUUUUGAACACAUUUUGGUCCGGAGACCAGCCAGACUGGAGACCACUUGCCCAGGUACUGCAAACGAAAGGGUUCAGAAUUUUGGUGGUAUGA